GGUGGACGGUGAGGUGGACGGAGAUGAUCGGAGACUUUCUGCUGUUCGGCACCUUGCUGAUGAAUGCAGGAGCUGUGCUGAACUUCAAACUAAAGAGAAAAGAACUGCAGGGUUUUGGAGAAGAUGGGAGAGAGCUGACUACAGGUGAUAACAUAAGAGAAUUCCUGUUGAGUCUGCGCUACUUCCGGAUCUUCAUCGCCCUGUGGAAUAUCUUCAUGAUGUUCUGUAUGAUUGUGCUCUUUGGAUCUUGAAAUCUAUCAAUCUAUGAAAAUGAAGUGAACCUGGGACCUUCUGGAAUUGGAUUAUUUGUCAAUUCUUUACAUUCUUGAUAAUAAUUUUUACAUUUGUUCAACCCUGAAGUUCAGGCAAGUGUUUUUCAACACUUACAAUCAUGUCUGAAGUCCAGUUCUCCAACAGCGGCUAGUAACGGAUAGAUGCCAAAAGGCAUAUCUAUCCAGGAUUUUCCCAUCCUCCCUGAACAGAUCAGGACAUUACCCAGGCAUGCAAGAGUAGGGUCACUGUUAAAUAUUAAUUUUGUUCUCUUUUGGGUUCACUCCAGAUACAAACUGAUACAGAUCUAAAAUGCCAGUCCCAGACAUACUGUGGAAAUUUGCCAAUAGAAAAAUAUUUUGAUUAAAAUUAUGCUGAAUGUUUAAGUAAAUUGCCCCUUUCUUGUCAAAUUGUUCUUUACUUGAGAAAUUAUUUUUUAAACAGAAUAUUGUAAUAGGAUUGAAGUGUUUUAUGCAGCUAACUGGCACUAACAGCUCAAACAGGUAUAAAUGUGGACCAUGCGAUCACAUGUGAGCUGUAUACAUCAUAAGCGUAAGCAAGUUGGUGUGGAAAGUACUGUGCAUACCAGUAUCACUGACUAUUAGUUCAAAAACAGUAGCUGACCCGCAAGGCUGUGUAAACUCGAAAGAUAUGAUUCUUCUUUUUUAAGCAAUGUUAAUCUAUGCUGAUCUGUAAUUUGCACAUAGUAAAUCCUUUCUCAGUUCCAUAUCUAGUACACCGUUUUUGUUUUUAAGACAUUCUGUGCAAUGAGAACAGAAAGAAAAUAAAUGUGAUAGAAUCACAAUAAAUGUUGAAUACAUGAAAAGGAAAUUUGUUUCAGUUUGAUUUUAAAUUUAAAUUUAUUUUAAUGAACUAUCCACAGUUAAUCUGCUUCACAUGAAUUCUAAUCAUGAUUGACUACCCUUUGUACAUUUCUCAAGGGUGUUAUCUAACCAAAGUGGGACAGUAUUCUAAGGACCAAUUUUGAAUUCAGCCAGCAACUUGUAGUCAGCACUUGUCCUGUAUUUUUUUGGUCACCUGUUUUUAUCAGUAUCUUCCUUUGAUGAUACAGAUUAUUUGUCACCAAAACAGUAAUGAUGGCUUUGUUUAAAUCAUUUAGUACGUACAAAAUAUUCACGUCCCUUUUUAUCUCCAAUCGCCUGGGUUCAAAGCCACAUUCAAGAUUAGUAUCCAUUUGGCUUCUCAUCAGUGACGGAAGUUUCCCUUUUUUCCCCAAGUACUUAAGGCUAUAGUUACAUAUUUUCUGGUUGACCAGUGAUCUGUGCUGCUUUUUUGUCAAGGUACUUAUGGUUUUCCCCUAACUUGGACAUUUGUACCCAAAAGCGACAGUCUAGUUCCAGUGAACUUUGUAAAGUAAAUUGAAUAACAUUACCAUGUCUCAUAAGGACACAUGGUGCCCUGCAAUGGGCAGGGCACCAUGCAGGCAAAAAACAUGGUGCCCUGCAAUGAUGUUUGAGCAUUAAGUAUUGCUGUUCCAUGAUCAUUAUUAAAGAAGCAGCCCGAUAACUGGGAGAAAUAGCAAUUGCACAUGCUCUAUCUGCUAUUGCAGUGAUAAUUUGUGGUUGAGAUUUGGAUACAAAUGAAGAGGAGAUGAAAUUAAAUCAGACGGGGAUGGGUAUGAAAUUGUUAAUAUUCACUGUGACCAUAGAUUGUAUUAUAGCAAACUGGUGCUGUAAUGUGCUGUCACUGAUAAACCUUCUAUCACUGGUCUGUUGCCUGAAUCACUGAUUUUCAUUUUGUCUUAUAAAUUUGUAAAUAAUAUAUAGAUUUUGCUUCAUCACUUCUGAUACUUCAUGUUCACACAACAUCGCAGUGUACUGUAAUCUGGUGUCUGUUCACAAAACCUAUGAUUAAACCAUUUAUUAACCACA